UUUCAGGAUUCGUUCCAUCAAACAUUGUUUGUUAGUGAAAUUUUGAACAGCAUAUUAGUGAAAAUUUGAACAGCGUAUCUACAGAUUACUGGGACAAGUAGCUUAUGCUACCUUUCUCUUAACAAAAUGAGCCAACGUGCAUUUUUCUCAACUGCAGGUUCGGAAAUUAUGGGCCAGUCACAAAUUCUUGAAGGCUUGCCUACAACUAAUAUAGGCCCUGCUGUAACAUCCGUGCAGUUUCAAUCAUCUGGUUGCUCAACUUCGGUUCUUUAUCAAUCCACCGUGACACCAACGUUUUACACUUCAACUGGAUCUCCAUUUCAUAGUAAUGGAGCAUUUCUACCUCCGGCUGUGGAGGAUCGCAAGGAAUAUGUCGCUGUGUUGCCAGCUGGUGUACAAAUAAACGAUGCUUCGGGCUUGAUACCAGCAAGUGGGAGAGGUACUCUCGCAUCGGUGAGGACAGUUGAUACUGCCAGUUCCGUUGCACAGCUUACUGCAGUGCCACUUUCUCACGUGCAGUUGGCGCCCGUACAGCUGGCUAAUGAUGGGCAGUCAAACACUCAACAACAAAUAAUUUAUGAACAUUACUAUGUUGAUCAGCAACACCCGUCAACUUCGGCAACAAUUAGUGCAAAUUCGCGCGGUCUUCUAACUGAAGCCACAUCAUCUGGAGCUGAAAAUGGCAAAGAUUUUGCGAAUAAAAGUGGUAGUAGCGAGACGUGUUCAUUGAAUGGGUCCGAUACUGCUGUAGCGCUACAAUUAAAACGGCAAAAGCAGGCGGAUGCGGCACGCCAAAGGUAUCAACGAAUGACCCUGGAGGAGCGGAAAGAGGUAAAUCAGAAGCGGACUGAGGCACAGAAACGUAAACGACAAAAGGAUAAAGAAUUGGAGGAAUUAGAAUCACUAUUACGACAAUCGAAAGAUAUAGAAGAUGACCCGGCAAUAAAUGAGCAACUGAGGGAGAAGCGAAUCCGAGCUCGGCGUGCGGAGGCCGCACGUUUGCGUUACCAAAGGAUGAGCUCGGAAGAAAGACGUGCUUACAAUCAGAGAAGACGUUUUCGACAGCUUGGCAUUCAAGGUGCAAAAAAGAACGGCAUGGAUGAAGAAAAGUUGCGGCAACAUAUUAUCGAACAAAAUGCUAAAAAGGCUGAAGCAGCAAGAUUGCGUUAUCACCGAAUGACUGAUGAAGAGAAACGUCAGUACAAUCAAAGGCGGACGGAGGCUUUUCGUCGUAGACGUAUCGAGGAAGAAAUCUUGCUAUCGACUCCAGCAGGUCGUAUAAGUGCGGAGGCUCUGAACAGAGCACAGCAAAUAAUGUUACGUAAUGCUAAACGAGCGGAAGCUGCUCGAUUACGAUAUCAACGAAUGACACCAGAACAACGACGAGCAUAUAACCAGAAAAGGUCUCGUGCAAAAAAAGAACGCGAACGAGUAAUGCGUGCUGCAUCAGAGGACGCCAUGUCAAGUUUAUCAUCAUCCAUAAAUGGAAAUGAAAGUUCAGCACAAGUUAACACCAGUAAUAAUGCGGUGGAACAGAAGCCAGUGAUUGAUAGUGUGGUCAGCGAAGAGGUAUUAUCAACUCUGGAAAGAGAUGUGCUGAAACGAACGCGACAAGCCAAUAUGGUGCUGAUGCGGCAGAAAAGACUUCCACCUCAGGAGCAGUUCGUUAUCGUAAGUACAAAUCCUGAUGGUACUCAAACAGUUAUCCCAGCAACGACUACCGAAGAUGGCAAGCAAAUAUUUCACAUUCCUGCUACAGCAACAACAACGGAGGAUGGCAAACAAGUAUUUCAUAUUCCAGCCAUAACACAGCAGCUUAUUACUGCCGAUCCUAAUACUCUGACACUGGUUGAUGAUUCGAGUAAGCUAUUAGGGACCGCACAGCAACCACUGCAGAUAGCAUCAGUACCGCAACUUCUCGGUUUACCACAGCAGCAGCACAGCAACAGCCAUGAUCACGGAGAAACGUCGCAUCAAGUUGCGAUGACUCAGCAACAACAGAUAAUUCCACAACUUGCCGAAUUGCACAAUGUACAGGAAAGCGGUGGUGCAGAUGAUGCACAACACACGGUGCGCGAAAAUCAAGUUGAUGCACAUGGGCAAUUGCAAGCACAUCAGCAACAGGGUUCACAACAACACAUGCAACAACAGACACAACCACAACAUAUUAUAGUAACUUUGCAGGAGCCUCAACAACCUAUGCAGCAUCAGAUAAUUGUCACCGAUCUGAAUCAAGCAACCGGAGCCGUUCUUUCAAGCAUGAGUGGACAUGGACGUUCACGAGGUCGUCCUCCGAUGUAUGCUGCUGCUGCUGCUGCAAUUCAGCAACAACAAAGCAACGUAAUGGUACCGCCAGGACAGGUCACAAUAACAGCAACACCGAUGAUAAGCGAGGCGGAAAUAAAACCUCCAUAUCGAGUAACUGCUCCACGUCAUAUGAAUACAGCGCCGAAUAGACGCGAUAUUUUGGCGGUUGCGACCGCAGCGUCAGUUGGCCCAACAACAGGAAUUUCUCCCGAACAAAAGUUAGAAAUGCAGAGGGCAAAGCGAGCAGAGCGGGCGAGGUUACGUUAUCACAACAUGUCUGCUGAAGAGCGGCGCAAUUUUAAUGCGCGCCGUGCUAAAGCUUUGCGGACUGCUCGUAUGAGAGACGACGAACUAUGUCGAAUGGCAGAGAGAGCUCAAAUGUCUGGAACUACUUUGGAUGCUGAUUUAAUGAUACAAGUAGCCGAAGCACAACGCCGUCGCGCGAAACGAGCGGAAGCAGCUCGAUUGAAGUACCAUAGGAUGAGCAGUGAAGAACGACGCCAAUACAAUGCGAUGAGAGAUGCGCAAAGGCGUCAGAGGAAAAGACAAAAAGAGGAACAAGAAUUGCUGGAACGUGAACGCCAGCAGCAGGAACAACAACAGCAACAACAACAACAGCAAAAUGAAAUUCACCAGGAGACCCGUGAACAGGAUGCAAAUCGUGAAGGUAACAACGAGCAAAUUCUGUAUGACUCAUAUAUCCGUUAUGACAGUCAAAUGGAUCAUGGUUGGGCAGUACAAAGUUGAAGUUGUUUGUUAUGGUCCAGACUUAAUUUAUGGAACUGCUCAAACCAGUGAAGUCCAUGUGCCGUUACGGGUAAUUCAGAUCGUUCGUCAGCAUCUGUUUGUUGCUUUAUGUUAAUCUUUACUUUGCUAAAAUGAUCGGUUUGUCUAAAUUUUAGUCACUGCUAUUGAUUUUUAUUCUGACUUAGUUCAAAUCUGAUUGUACUUUGCGAAUACUAAUUUGUUUUACUGUCAAUUUUUUGAAAUCUUGCAACUAAGUGCAUAAGAUCACUUUUUCAAAAAAAAAUUACAAUGCGUUCUUACCACAAAUCUGUCAAAUUUAACCAAUGGAAAUACUUGUUUCAAAGGAUUAGUCUUCUUCAUGAUGCAUGCGGAAAGAGGAGAAAGUCCUCUGUCAUUUCUGACUCUCCGGGUAGCUUGUUUCUUUGAUUUAUCCAGAAGCAUCCCACUCAGGUCGAGUUUUUUAGGCAUAAAAUCAAACUGUAACGGAAUUACACUAUUAAGGUCAUUUAAUUUCUGUUCUCUAUGAUACUUCUUCAAAGUCUGAAGCAAAAUUAUGCGAAAUGAUUACGGAAGUACCGCAAAAGUCGUACUAAUUUUGCGUGUAAUUACGAAGUCCUCUUCCUCUCUGGUACGAUUAUUUUAGAGUUCUAUGAGCGUAGAAGUCUCAUAGAGCAAGUGUAGUUCACAUUUGUCCUCUGUUUUAUGUGUGGCGCCUGGUUGAAUUUUUCGAUUUCAAAUCUGUCACGAAAUAUUUCGCGGAAUGUUUGGAAUGAUUUUUCAUUUUUAAGAUGUCAUUUUAAUAGUUCUCCAGCUUCCUUAUUUCUUCAUUCAGAUAUGCACACCCAUUUUGCGUGACUUUCUAUCUGCUAUUCUGAUAAUUGAUCGCCUUCUUCAUAGUUUAUAACAGUUGUAUAAUGAAUGUUUCGUCCUGUUCUUUUAAUGAAGAUACUCAAUUUCAGAUUGUUCUAUAAACCACUUAUAAAACAUGAGGCGCAAUGAAUGAGGGAAAAUGAAAAUAGCUCAAACAAGUACCCGUUUGGAAUCUAAA